AUGCUGAUGGAGCCAAGGACUAACCAGGAUAGGCUCACCCCCCGAAAACUUGUGGAGACAUUGGAUACAAUAUCGAGCACACAACGAAAGCCCCUAAAAUCCGAAGAGCCUGUCACCGGCGGCCAUCCGCCUCGUGAACGCAGCUUAUCAGAAGCCUUUGCUUUGUCAAAGCAGGGGGUGUCACCGCCGGUCGUUAAGGAGACUGUCGAGGAGUUUCGCGCGUCGACACCCAAGUCCCCAACAACAAAUGGCCUCCACGUUCUCAUUGUGGAUGACAACGACAUCAACCUUAAGAUCAUGGCGACCUUCAUGCGCCGGAUCGGGUGUAGCUACGAGACCGCUAUCAAUGGACUGGACGCGCUGGAAAAAUACCAAAAGACCCCGCGGCCGUUCAACUACGUUCUUAUGGACAUAUCCAUGCCGGUCAUGGAUGGUAUCAGCGCCACAAACAAGAUUCGAGAGCACGAGGAGGAACAGUCGCUUCCACGGUCGGCUAUCAUGGCGAUUACAGGGGUGGCCUCGACUGGAAUGCAGCAGCAGGCAUUCGCUGCCGGUAUUGAUGACUAUCUGGUGAAGCCACUUUCGCUGCAUGAUCUGAAACGCGUGAUGAAUAUUGAGUGA